AUGGCAUCGGUUGAAGACGGUGGGCUGCAAUUCAAAAUCGUCCAAGGGUCUGACAAGGUGAACGUCUCCCAAAACUCAUCUGGAAACAUGUCAUGGAGCCCACCACCACAACAGAUCGCAGAAACUUUCAAGAACAGGGUCCAGGGUGGCAUGGAAAGCGCACUCUCAGGGGUUGGAAACUACCUCCUAUAUGGCUUGGCUGAUCAGCAACGACUCUUCCUCCCCGGAAAGGGCAGCUAUCUGAUGAAGAAUCCCAUCUUCAACUCUAGGGGGGAUUUUGCCGAUCCUCCAAAGCAGAGGAAACGUCACCUGUGCUCUGUCUGA